AGUUGUUUUCAGAGAGGAAAGAGAAAUAGAGUUCAUGGGGAGAUGCAGUGGGCAGGCGGGCGGGUGAGCCGGGGAGGCCUCGGGGCGAGGCAGGAGAGGAGGUGGGCCUGGGCAGGUCUGCCACCCUCGGGCUGCCUGGCCUGGCCUUGGGGCCAGGCACCCCCAGGGGGAUGCCAGGAGAGGCCGAGGGGCACCCAGGAGUGGCCUCUCCACCCCAGUUCCUAGUGGGGCCUUCUAGGACCAGGGCCUCUCUGGGGACGGGGUGAGAGCCUGUGUCCAAGCUCUGUGUGCCUCCAGCCACACCCACUCAAAGAGAAGGUGAGGCAUUCCUGAGGCCGCUGCGGAAAGGUCGCCUUGCCUGGGCACCUCCAGGGCUCUGCACGGCAGCCGGCUGCUCCUCUGGACGGCGCUGCCCUUCUGGAGUCCUGUGCUGUGUGUCUGGGGUGCGCCCAGCCUUGGGCACGGCGGGCGAGGACCUGUCAGCGGCCUGCAGCUGACAGCCUCCCUGCCCCGUCCUUGGGCUCCACCUCCCUGCCCCCGGCGCACAGAAGGGGAAAGCCUGGUCCCUUGGGGUUUGGCAGAGGCAGGGGCCACAGAAGGGGAGGGGACCCUGCAGAGCCCCCUUGCCGCCCUCCAGAGCUGCUUGCCUGGGCAGGGCAGCUCAGGCACGGAGAGCCCGGCCCCGGGGGUUCACCCCUCCCUCAGGCUGUGUCCCCUUCAGGCUGCAGGAGCCACAUUUGUGCGUUGUUAUCAUGACACACACAGCACAGCCGGUUUCCGGGCCGCUCUUCGUGUGCACGUGUGAGUAUAAUAUGAUUGUACAAAUACAGAGACGCCCGAGCGUGUGUGCGUGCGCACGGUCUGUGUGUGCGUGUGCGUGCGUGUGUGUGUUUUAAAUCUCCCCGGGGCGGUAACUCUUCUUCUCUCCCCUUCCUGUUUGGCUGUGACCUGGGGGAGAUUGAUGGCCAGCCUGUGCGGUGGAUGCUAACAGUUCCUCUGAUUUAUAGAGUUACUUACGCUAAGUGAGGCCACUUAGACGCGUCUGGAUAGUAAACCUUUUAACUGGACUAAAAAAUCAUAAUAAAUAAAUAAACAAAGUGGGGCGAGGAGGGCCCCCAGCGGCUGGGCCCCCCGCUUCCCGACUUGGAGCUGUUGGGGACCAGGGGACCCAGCUGAGAGCCCUGAGGGGCAGUGGCCACUCCUCCCACCUGCAAAAACCAGGCAUGGGAUCGGGCCCAAGAGGGAAGGACACCCUUCUCCUCGGGGACAGGUCCUGGCUGGGGAGAUGGGGUGGGAGCUGUUAAGAUGGAGAUGGGCUGUGUGGAGGGGGGGCCCUGAGGGAGCUCGUGGGGAGCAGGGCCGGAGCAGAUGUCUCUAGGAACCCUUCCUUGCUUCCCAGACUCGCUGCUCCCGUGGCACCGAGACUUUUCACCGCAGUGAUCACGCUUGUAAUGACUUGAACGUCUGCCCCCUCGUCUAAACUGAACAGUCCGUCAUGGCAGGAACCGGGACAGUCCGCCUGCUCAUUUCAUAUCCUCAGAAUUCAGCCCAGAGCCUGAACAUGGGCGCAGCACCCCAGCACUGGGGCUUGUGGCCUGUCAGGUUCAAGUUCUUAGGGGCUGCAGGGAAGCUCCAACAUUGCUGCCACCCUCGCUGGGAGGCUGUGGGAGGCAUGUGUGGGGUCUCAGAUGGUGAGACAUCGGAGCCCAGCGGGAGUCCGGCUCUGGCACACCCUCUGGGUGACCGUGACAGUUGACAACCUCUGUGAGCUCUGCUUUCUCACCCGGAAACAGGGAUAGGACAGCGGCCGUACGGGGACGCUGGGGGACCACUGAGGCGAUGCUCUGAGUUGCCCAGCACUGGGCAACUUUAAACAGCUGGCUCAGAGGGUGCCAGCUGCCAUGUUGCUCUAGGCAGUGUGGGCCAGGGCGGCCACCAGAGUGACCCAGCGGUGCCCACGGCCCCCGAGCCGCCUGGCAGCAGGCAGGAGGGCCCAGACCACCCCAACCCGAGGGGACGGGUGCCUGGCCCCUGCCUCACCACUUCUUGAUAUACAGCGGGCAUUAGGCUGCCCAAAGGGGACACUGCAUCCUUAGGAAGAAAUAUGUCCUCAUUUUUCUUAAACACCGUUUCCACUGAGUGAAAUGUUUAGAAGGGACACGCAGGGAGAACUUUAUUUCCUACCAGGGAGUUCAGAGCCACCAGGCAGAGCCUAUAAAGCACCCGGAGCCUGGUAGCUGACAGUCCGCCCGGCCCCAAAACACAUUACUCACUGGUGGGGAGGGGCUGCCAGGCCUGCCCAGCCCCUGGGGACUAACCCCCACCCCCAAGGCAGGACAAGUGACUCUGAGGUACCCAGCCAUGGGCAGUGGGCACUGGAGCCUCUGGUCCCCUUGAGCCAGGGCUGCCCAGGGCAGGGGAGGACCUGGCCCUGACCAGGCGAGGAAGUGGCCGUUCCAGCCACCCCCGUAGUCCCCAGGGAUCAGGGAUGAGGGGCCCAGGUGCAGCUACAGGAUCCCCCCCCCUCCCUUGGAACUGGCAGGAGCCCCGGCCUUCCCCAGCCUUUGGAGGGAGUGAUGAGAUUCCUGCCAUAGCGGGCCCUUCUCCCGAGGCCCUCCCUUCAUUCGAUUUCUGAAGCUGGCUGAUUUACAUAUUUAUAAAUAUCAGUAAAUUAUUUAUUGUAGCAAUCUGCUGCACCAUUUUACCCAUCACAGUUAACACUUUAGGGGGCUCCGUGUUAUGGGAACCGGCAGUGAGGGUGAGGAGGAGGUGGGCAAGGAGGCCUGGGACUUCCUGGAGCCUUUGUGGGGACAUGGUGGCGGCCCCGCACCUUGCUGAGCCCUGACCUUCAUGAGCUCGGGCUCUGGAGUGUCUUCACGGCUCCAGGAUCAGUCUCCUCCUCUGUCAGAUGGGACGACGACAGUACCUGCCUCACGGGAUCAUAGUGAGAGGUCGUGAGCCAGCGUCCAACAGGCACAGGGACAGUCCAGUUCUCGCCCCUCCCUUUCUCCACCCUGAGCAGGACCCACUCAGCUUGGAGACAGAGCUGCCUGCCUGGGGGCUUGUUGCGUUUGGAGCCCUGGGAGGGGAGGCUCAGACUGUGGGAGCCGGCGAGGGGCCAUUUGUUGCUGAGUAGGCAGCCUGCCCGCGGCCCAGCCCUGCAGCCUCUCCUGUCCCCUCCGCCUCUUCUGGGCCAGGUGUGGUUUCCUGGUCUAGGGGUCUCGUGCCCAGAUGUGGCACCGCACUUGCCUGUUUGUCCCCUCCCAGGGCUCAGCUGCCUUUCCCCAGGUCCUUGACUGUCAGGCCCUGUGCUUGGCACAGACAAGCACCCUCUCUCAUCUUACAGUCCUGCAGCCCUUUUCACGGGGAGAAAGCUCGACCAGGGCCCAGGGCUAGCGAGGGGCCGGAGCCAGGCCGUGAACUCACGACUGUCUGACCCCAAAAGCCAGGCCAUACAGUGGUGCUGUGCCACCUCCCAGGGCUCGCCCUGGCCCACCCGGCAUCACUGGGGCCCAAGGCAGGAGGCUGGGGGAGCCCUGGGCUGGCUGCCUGCGUGCAGAUACUGACCCACUCCUCUCCCCAGGCCUGGCUGGGAUCCCUGCAGCCGCCCCGCCCCUCGCCUCCUCUCUGGAGCCCGGCCCUGGCUGAAGGCACCCGGUGCCCCGACCCGCCUGCAGGCAAGCCCGCGAUGGCGGCCAAACGCAAAGGCGGCCUGAAGCUCAACGCCAUCUGCGCCAAGCUGAGCCGCCAGGUGGUGGUGGAGAAGGGAGCGGAGGCCGAGGACAGCCCACUGCGGCCCCGGGACAAAGUGCGCAGUGGCCCUGAGGCGGGGGUGGCCCGGGCCCCCCGCAGCGAAGAGGACAAGAGGCGGGCGGUGAUCGAGAAGUGGGUGAACGGGGAAUACAGCGAGGAGCCGGCACCCACGCCCGUGCUGGGGCGGACUGCCCGGGAGGGUCUGGAGCUGCCACCCGAGGGCGUCUACAUGGUGCAGCCCCAGGGCUGCAGCGACGAGGAAGACCACGGCGAGGAGCCCCCCAAGGGUGGCGGCGUCGUGGAGGAGAAGGACUCGGACGGGGCAGCCUCCAAGGAUGAUAGUGGCCCCAGUGCCAAGCAGGCUUCAGGAGAGGCCUCCUCGCUGCGGGACUACGCGGCCUCCACCAUGACCGAGUUCCUUGGCAUGUUUGGCUAUGAUGACCAGAACACGAGGGACGAGCUGGCCGGGAAGAUCAGCUUCGAGAAGCUGCAUGCGGGCUCCACGCCAGAGGCGGCCACCUCCUCCGCGCUGCCCGCCUCCGAGGACGCCCUCAGCAAGCGGGCGCGGUUCUCCAAGUAUGAGGAGUACAUCCGCAAGCUCAAGGCCGGCGAGCAGCUGUCCUGGCCGGCCCACGGUACCACAGCCGAGGGGCGGGCCAGCAAGGAGGCCCUGGGCUCCCUGCCUGGCCUGCGGCUGCCCAGUAGCACCGCACACCUGGAGACCAAGGCCACCAUCCUGCCCCUGCCCUCACACAGCAGUGUCCCCAUGCAGGGCCUGGUGGCCCGUGCCUCCAAGUACGACUUCUUCAUCCAGAAACUGAAGACGGGUGAGAACCUGCGGCCCCAGAACGGGAGCGCCUACAAGAAGCCGUCUAAGUACGACCUGGAGAACGUCAAGUACCUGCACCUCUUCAAACCCGGGGAGGGCAGCCCCGACAUGGGAGGGGCCAUCGCCUUCAAGACGGGCAAGGUGGGGCGCCCCUCCAAGUACGACGUCCGGGCCAUCCAGAAGCCGGGCCCCGCCAAGGUUCCGCCCACCCCCAGCCUGGCUCCUGCACCCCUCGCCAGCGUGCCCACUGCUCCCAGUGCCCCCGGGCCAGGCCCUGAGCCACCUGCCUCCCUGCCUUUCAACACUCCCGAGUACCUGAAGUCAACCUUCUCCAAAACAGACUCCAUCACCACGGGGACCGUCUCCACUGUCAAGAACGGAUUGCCCACAGAUAAACCAGCUGUCACUGAAGAUGUAAACAUUUACCAGAAAUAUAUUGCCAGGUUCUCAGGCAGUCAGCACUGUGGCCACAUCCACUGCGCCUACCAGUACCGCGAGCACUACCACUGCCUCGACCCCGAGUGCAACUACCAGUCCAGGGUGCUGGCCUUGGGGCAGCCUGGGCUGCCUCGACCCAACAGGAUGAUUUGUAAGGAGACCGGAGGGCCCUGGGGCCAGGCCCAGCCUCCUGCCCACCAGGCCCUCUCCCGGCAGAGGUUCACGAGCAAGCAGGACGUGAUCCGGCACUACAACAUGCACAAGAAGCGGGACAACUCCCUGCAGCACGGCUUCAUGCGCUUCAGCCCACUGGACGACUGCAGCGUCUACUACCACGGCUGCCACCUCAACGGGAAGAGCACCCACUACCACUGCAUGCAGGUGGGCUGUAACAAGGUGUACACGAGCACGUCGGACGUGAUGACCCACGAGAACUUCCAUAAGAAGAACACCCAGCUCAUCAACGACGGCUUCCAGCGCUUCCGAGCCACUGAGGACUGCGGCACGGCCGACUGCCAGUUCUACGGGCAGAAGACCACGCAUUUCCACUGCAGGCGCCCCGGCUGCACGUUCACCUUUAAGAACAAGUGUGACAUCGAGAAGCACAAGAGCUACCACAUCAAGGACGACGCCUACGCCAAGGAUGGCUUCAAGAAGUUCUACAAGUACGAGGAGUGCAAGUACGAGGGCUGUGUGUACAGCAAGGCCACCAACCACUUCCACUGCAUCCGCGCCGGCUGCGGCUUCACCUUCACCUCCACCAGCCAGAUGACCUCCCACAAGCGCAAGCAUGAGCGCCGGCACAUCCGCGCCUCGGGCUCGGGCGUGCUGGGGCUGCCGCCCUCGCUGCUGGGCGCCAAGGACACGGAGCACGAGGAGUCCAGCAACGACGACCUGGUUGACUUCUCUGCCCUGAGCAGCAAGAACUCCAGCCUCAGCGCCUCCCCCACCAGCCAGCAGUCCUCCGCCUCCCUGGUCACCGCCACUGCCACCUCCGAGGCUGGGCCCAGUGCCACCAAGCCUCCCAACAGCAAGAUCUCGGGGCUGCUGGCCCAGGGCCUGCCUGGCUCCAUCCCCCUGGCGCUGGCCCUCUCCAGCUCGGGCCUGCCCAGCGCUGCGCCCUACUUCCCCAUCCUUCCGGGCCGGGGCAGCACCUCCCUGCCUGUGGGUGCCCCCGGCCUCAUGGGUACCAUGUCGUCAGGGACGGCAGCCUCAGUAACCCCCGACACACCUGCUCUGGCUGCCUCGGGAGCUGGCGACUCGGCCGCCGCGGCAGCUGCCUCUGUCCCGGUGCCCCCUGCCUCCAUCAUGGAGAGGAUCUCCGCGAGCAAGGGCCUCAUCUCGCCCAUGAUGGCCCGGCUGGCUGCGGCCGCCCUCAAGCCCUCUGCCACCUUUGACCCAGGAAAUGGGCAGCAGGCCACCCCUGCCAGGUUCCCCCCAGCCCCGGUGAAGCAGGAGCCCGGUGAGAGUGCUGGCGCCCCAGGUCCCCACGAGGCCUCCCAGGACCGCAGUUUAGACCUGACUCUGAAGGAGCCCAGUAAUGAAUCAAAUGGCCACGCAGUCCCGGCAAAUUCAUCUCUUUUAUCCUCGCUUAUGAAUAAGAUGUCUCAGGGCAAUCCCAGCCUCGGCAGCCUGUUGAACAUCAAGACAGAAGCGGAGGGGAGCCCCGCCGGGGAGUCCUCGCCCUUCCUGGGCAAGGCCGUGAAGGCGCUGGUUCAGGAGAAGCUGUCAGAGCCCUGGAAGGUCUACCUUCGCAGGUUUGGCACCAAGGACUUCUGCAACGCGCAGUGUGACUUCCUCCACAAGGCCCACUUCCACUGCGUGGUGGAGGAGUGCGGCGCGCUCUUCAGCACCCUGGACGGGGCCAUCAAGCACGCCAACUUCCACUUCCGGACAGAGGGAGGAGCAGUGAAAGGAAAUGUGGAGGCUUCCUUCCCGGCCUCAGCUGCUGAGACCAAACCUUCCUUGGCCCCCUCAUCCCCUCCAGCGCCUCCCAUCACCACGGCCACGGCUUCCUCUCUCGAGGGGCCCACUCCCAGCCUGGCCGCAGUGCCCUCCAGCCCCACCCUGCUCGCCUGGAAGCAGCUGGCUUCCACCAUACCCCAGAUGCCUCAGAUUCCAGCGUCAGUGCCUCACCUGCCUACUUCGCCCUUGGCAACGACUUCUCUAGAAAACGCCAAGCCCCAGGUCAAACCCGGAUUCCUCCAGUUCCAGGAGAACGAUCCUUGCCUCGCAACGGACUGCAAGUAUGCCAACAAGUUCCACUUCCACUGUCUCUUUGGGAACUGCAAGUACGUCUGCAAAACCUCCGGGAAGGCCGAGUCCCACUGCCUGGACCACAUCAAUCCCAACAACAACCUCGUGAACGUGCGAGACCAGUUUGCGUACUACUCCCUGCAGUGCCUCUGUCCCAACCAGCACUGCGAGUUCCGGAUGCGCGGGCACUACCACUGUCUCAGGACCGGCUGCUACUUUGUGACCAACAUCACCACCAAGCUGCCGUGGCACAUAAAGAAGCAUGAGAAAGCUGAGCGGCGGGCAGCCAACGGAUUCAAGUACUUCACCAAGCGUGAGGAGUGCAGCAGGCUAGGCUGCAAGUACAACCAGGUGAACAGCCACUUCCACUGCAUCCGGGAGGGCUGCCAGUUCUCCUUCCUCCUCAAGCACCAGAUGACCUCCCACGCCCGGAAGCACAUGCGGAGGAUGCUGGGGAAGAACUUCGAUCGCGUGCCCUCCUCCCAGGGCCCCCCGAGCUUGAUGGACACCGAGACGGACGAGUACAUGGAUUAUACUGGCUGCAGCCCGGGCGCCGUGUCCUCUGAGUCCUCCACCAUGGACCGAAGCUGCUCCAGCACCCCUGUGGGCAACGAGAGCACCGCAGCAGGCUGCCCGGCUCCUCCUCCUCCUGCCGCCGCCGCUGACGAGGCUGCCCGCGUGGCUCCGCAGCCCCCACUGACCCCAUCCUUCUCUGCGGCCGUGCUGCGGGCGCCCCUCCCCUCCCUGCCAUGCCUCUUUUCUCCACCCUGUCUCUCAUACUCUCUGCUCAGUGCCUCUCUCGGAGCCACCCGGGGCCUGGCCCACCCCAUCAGCAGCCCGCCCAGCUUCCCGCCCGUCACUGCCACUCCAACUCCAGUAAAAAGUGACGCCCCCCUAGUUCAGGACGCCGCAGGGAACACCAUCUCCAUGCCGACAGCCUCCGGGGCCAAAAAGCGCUUCUGGAUCAUUGAGGACAUGUCGCCGUUCGGCAAGCGGCGCAAGACGGCCUCCUCGCGCAAGAUGCUGGACGAGGGCAUGAUGCUGGAGGGCUUCCGGCGCUUCGACCUCUACGAGGACUGCAAGGACGCGGCCUGCCAGUUCUCGCUCAAGGUCACCCACUACCACUGCACGCGCGAGAACUGCGGCUACAAGUUCUGCGGGCGCACGCACAUGUACAAGCACGCGCAGCACCACGACCGCGUGGACAACCUCGUGCUGGACGACUUCAAGCGCUUCAAGGCCUCGCUCAGCUGCCACUUCGCCGACUGCCCUUUCUCGGGCACCAGCACGCACUUCCACUGCCUGCGCUGUCGCUUCCGCUGCACCGACAGCACCAAGGUCACGGCGCACCGCAAGCACCACGGCAAGCAGGACGUGAUCAGCGCGGCGGGCUUCUGCCAGUUCAGCUCGAGCGCCGACUGCGCCGUGGCCGACUGCAAGUACAAGCUCAAGUGCUCGCACUUCCACUGCACCUACCCCGGCUGCCGCCACACGGUCGUGGGCAUGUCGCAGAUGGACUCGCACAAGCGCAAGCACGAGAAGCAGGAGCGCGGCGAGCCGCCCGCCGCCGCCUCCCCCGGCGCCGAGGGCCCCGCGCCCGGCCCGGCCGCCAGCCUGGACUGCGCGCCGCCGCCCGGCGCCGAGCCCGCCGCCGCCCUGCUCUUCCUGCCCGGCCCGGGGCGGGGUCCGGACGACGCGGGCGACCCCCGCCCGCCCGACGCCCCCGGGCCCCGCGCCGGCCCCGCCGCGCCCGGCCCCGCGGCCGGCGAGUCGUCGCAGGAGGACGACGAGGAGGAGCUGGAGCUGAACGAGGAGGAGGCGGACGACGACGAGGACGACGACGACGAGGACGACGAGGACGACGACGAGGACGACGACGACGACGAGGACCUGCGCACCGACUCGGAGGAGUCGCUCUCCGAGGCGGCGGCGGCGGGGCCGGGGUCGCGGAGCCUGGAGCUGGCGGCCCUCGGCGCUCCCGCGCCCCCCGGCCCCACGCCUGCCGCCGCCGCCUCCCCGUAGCCGCGGGGCCCGUGGCGCGUGGGGGGCCGGCCGCGCCCGGCGCCCUCGGGAUCUUGCCGCUUUAUUCUAUUGUUAUUAUUAUUAUCAAUUUUGUAAGAAACGGUAUUUAUAUGUAAAGCUUCCCUUGUACAGAGCUAGGUGUUCGCCGCGCCCCGGCGUCGAGAGGCGCUCCGGGCCCGGGGCCGCCCCGCCGGUGCUUCCGGACCCCGAGUCCGUCUCAGGACAGAGGCGGGGGCCUCCCUCUGGUGCUCCGGGGCUGCCCCCGCGCCCGCCCGCCCCGCCCGCGCGGCAGCUGGGCGGCCGGAAGGACAGAGGCUGCCCGGGACCCUCCUCAGCCGCAGUUCGGGGAUCUUCUUCAGGGAAAUAGAAGGUGCUCUUGUCCGGGGUGGGAACGAGGGGCAGGAGGCCCGGAGGGCGAGGAGGGCGGCGACCCCGGGCGGCUGCCCCACGCGCCCUCCCCGCGCCGGACCCCGGGCCCCCCGAGCACGCCGGUGGGAUUCCUCAUUGCUCAGGGCUGGGACGGGCGCCGGGGGUCGCCGCGACCCCCGCCCCUCACCACCGGAGGCGGGCCGGCACCUGUGGCACCUGGCAGGGCCUCCCAUUCGUGCAGCUAAGACCCUCCCUCCCGGUCCUGGGGGAGGGCGGGGCAGGAGGCAUCCGGCGGGCGACACUACAGGGACCGCGGAGGGAACCUCCUGGACUCGGCAGAGCGGGGAGCUCCGGAUCACUCUGCCCCCAGCGCGGGGCCUGGUCGGGGUGUCCGUCCCGAGGGCUGGGGCCUGGGAAGGGGUGCGUCUGCUCGCUGGUGCUGGGCUGCUGGGCCCGCAGGGCGUCUCUGCCACCCAGGUGGUGAGAACAGGAAGGAUGCGACUGUUUGGGGCUUUAAUAGUCAACAUGGAAAAAAAUACGAGAAAGUUGUACAGUAUUUUUCCUGUAAAGGUUAUUAUUCUACAUAGAACAAAAGAAGAAAAAAAAAAAAAAGCAGGCGGGCGGCUAGAGCGCAGACCGCCUCCGGACCAGCCCUGAGGUUGGAGACCCGAGUGCAAUUGCUCACGUGGGGUUUUGUUUAGCGUUUAGAGGCCUUACCAGUUUGAGGCUGUCCGUCUUUACACUAGCACUGAUGGGAGCUGCGUGAUUCCAACUUUUAACUUGAAUUUCGUAGAGACAAGAAAAAAGGACUGUUAUUACUGAUACAAGUUUGUAGUUAAUUUAACAUUUGAGUUUUUCUCUAUUGGUUAUGCGUGUGGCUUUAUAGGGCUUUUUUCUUCCCAGUUUGUUUUAUUAAUUUCUUUGGGAUACUUCUUUGCUGGUGCAACCCACCCGGAUUUGGUUCCUUUUGCAAAUCCCAGCCCCCCACCCCUGCCACCCUCCC